AGAAAUCUAAUACUGCAGGCUGGAGAGGACUACUCUACGAAUAUUGAGCCAGAACUCUUAAACCUGCCUAAAUACGUGUCUGUUGCACAGUAUGCUUGGCAAUUCUUGAGGCUCCCAGAAUAUGACAUGGGCUCUCGUGGCUGCCUUUGCACAUGCUGCUUCCCUUGCCUAACAUACUUUUCCUUCUCUUCAUUCUUUGGCAAGGUUAACUCAUACUUAUCCUACACAAUUUUGACUCAGAUAUUAUCUCCUCCAAAAAACCUUCCCUGAAUCCUCUCAUUAGAGCCGCUGCCUGUGCAUUGGGUGCCACUCCUGCCUGUUCCCACAACAGCAUGCGCUUUCAUCAUAACACUCCAGGUGUGGCAGUUGUCAUCGAAAGGUCCUUCUCCGAGAGCUCUUUGACAAUCAGCAGUAUACAUAGAAGACCAUGAGGACUCCUAAAUGUUUGCUCACUGCACAGUCUUAGUAUAGGAAAUGUAGGUGAAAGUCCCUCUGCCUCAUUAGAGGGAAGUUGCCAGUAUGAAGAGUUUCAGGGUAAUUUUCGAGAACUACAAUCUGUGCACUCGUUGUCUUUUCCCCACCUGGUAGAGCGUAGCUAAACCAACCUGGAAGACAGCAGUUUGCCUGUGUGCCUUAAGCAUGUAACAGCUCCUAUCCAACCCGGUAUUUAAGAAUAGUGAUUAUUUUUGCCAUGUAGCCCCCAGGAAGAAAACCAGACUUAUAAAACAUUUUUGUGUCUCAGUGAAUGUUUGUAAUUUUGCUGGCAAACCUACUAAACCCACCACAACAGUCUUUCUGGAUUUUUUAAAUAACCCACUGGAAAGAGCUUUGUAGAUACCAAUUUUCACGUGUAUUUUAUAAACCAAAUAUUAAUAGAUGACAUCCAUCUAAAUUUCUAUAACAACACGGUCUCCCCCCGCCUUUUUUUUUCUUUUUUUGAUUUGACAGGAGCACUACAGAUCUUUAUAGGACUCAAUUUUAGAAAGUUUUUCAGAAAACAAGUGAUAAGUGGAACCCAUGGCUAUGUCGAAGCAGCAUUUUCCUUCAGUUGAAAAAAAAAAAAAAUCAUGAGCUACUACAUGUAACGAAUUGGCUUUAAAAUUCUGAAGGUCUUGCUUCAAAAAUUUUCCCCCCCUAAGGUAACAGUGUCCGAUAAUAACUCCUUUUGCUUCAAUUACAAUAAGAGUGAAUAUGGGUGGAUAAAAUGCAAGAUUAAAAAAAAAAACCACCCUACUUUGGAGCAGAGUAGGAUGUCUACCGUUUAUAUUGAGCCCAAUGGAUGGGAACUGACCAAUGGUUUGCGGCUGAGCCUGUCAAAUAUUAUAAUCCAGAGUUUCAUUAGACGUAAAAAUAAUCGCUGGUAAAAGUUCACCCGAAGAGGCAUUUUGCCCCUAAUUCCGUUUGUAUUUUUGUUUUAAAGACCUGAAAGCCCGCUAAGACAUGCAUUCACCCACUGAAUUUCCCAUCGGUGCGCUGCGCCUCUGGAGCGCCCCUCCUAACCCCCACCCAGGGCGGCUUUGGCCCCCAGGCGUCUCCCCCGCCCCUCGCGCCGGCAGCUGGCGGGGGUGACAGGUGCCGAGCCCGCCUACCCCGGGGCAAUAGCACCACCCCGCAAUUCUCCCGCCGUUGCCUUUCGCAAAACCGGCGUGCGGGUGGAGAUAGUUUGCCUGCACCUUCGCCUGUCAGAAAACGGCGCUGGGAGGGAGCGAGCGAGAGAAAGUGAGCGCGUGCCCGAGAGGCAGAGGAGGACGGAGGAGCCGGCUCCCGGCGUCCGAGCGCCCAGUCCGCCCCGUCCCGCCCGUCCGCCUCCGGGCCCGCAGAGGGUGGGGGCCGCGAGCAGCGAGGCCGGCGGGCGCCGGGGGUUGGCGGGACGCGCGCUCCGUGCCGGCGCCCGGCCUCGAGCCCGCGCUCCCCCCCCCCCGCGUGCCCGCGCCGCUGCGCGAUGCAGUGUGGGGAAUGGCUGGGGUUGGCUGAAGAGCGCACAGUGGAGUUUUAAUGUCCGCCAUGUUGGCCAUGGCGUAUUGAAGAGAGCGAGCGAGAGAGGAGCGGAGCGGCACAGCCUCCCACCCUCCCGGCUGGUGUUAGUACCCGGACGGCGGGCUCUGCGCUCCGCCCCUCAAGUCCCUGGCAGCGGUAGGCGAGUGGGGACCGAACCCCCGGUUCUCCAUGAUCCCGCUGGCCGGGGCCGUUUCCCCAGAGCGGAGAGGUAUCUGCUGCGCCUGAGAUGAGUAAACUGUCGUUUCGGGCGCGGGCGCUAGACGCCUCGAAGCCGCUGCCGGUUUUCCGCUGUGAGGAUCUGCCCGACCUGCACGAAUACGCCUCGAUAAACCGGGCCGUGCCGCAGAUGCCCACCGGAAUGGAGAAGGAAGAGGAGUCGGAACACCAUCUUCAGCGGGCUAUUUCAGCACAGCAGGUGUAUGGCGAGAAGAGGGAUAAUAUGGUCAUACCAGUCCCAGAAGCAGAAAGUAAUAUUGCUUACUAUGAGUCUAUAUAUCCUGGGGAAUUUAAGAUGCCAAAGCAGCUCAUUCACAUACAGCCUUUUAGUUUGGAUGCUGAACAGCCUGAUUAUGAUUUGGAUUCUGAAGAUGAAGUAUUUGUGAAUAAACUGAAAAAGAAAAUGGACAUCUGCCCAUUGCAAUUUGAGGAGAUGAUUGACCGUCUAGAAAAAGGCAGUGGUCAGCAGCCAGUCAGUCUGCAGGAAGCCAAGCUGCUGCUAAAAGAAGACGAUGAAUUAAUUAGAGAAGUUUAUGAAUACUGGAUUAAAAAGAGAAAAAACUGUCGGGGGCCAUCUCUUAUCCCAUCAGUAAAACAAGAAAAACGAGAUGGUUCCAGCACAAAUGAUCCUUAUGUGGCUUUUAGAAGACGUACUGAAAAAAUGCAGACUCGAAAAAAUCGCAAGAAUGAUGAAGCCUCUUAUGAAAAAAUGCUUAAACUGCGUCGAGAUCUGAGUCGGGCUGUUACUAUUCUAGAGAUGAUAAAAAGAAGAGAAAAGAGUAAAAGGGAACUAUUGCACUUAACACUGGAAAUUAUGGAAAAGAGGUAUAAUUUGGGUGACUACAAUGGAGAGAUCGUGUCCGAGGUUAUGGCACAGAGACAGCCAAUGAAACCUACUUAUGCCAUCCCCAUCAUCCCUAUUACUAAUAGCAGUCAAUUUAAACAUCAAGAAGCAAUGGAUGUAAAGGAAUUCAAAGCAAAUAAGCAAGAUAAGGCCGAUCUUAUCCGACCUAAACGUAAAUAUGAAAAGAAGCCCAAAGUCUUACCAUCGUCUGCUGCUGCUACUCCUCAACAGACGAGUCCUGCUGCACUGCCAGUCUUUAAUGCUAAAGAUUUAAAUCAGUAUGACUUUCCCAGCUCAGAUGAAGAACCACUCUCCCAGGUUUUGUCUGGCUCUUCGGAAGCUGAAGAAGACAAUGAUCCCGAUGGUCCUUUUGCUUUCCGUAGGAAAGCAGGCUGUCAGUACUAUGCUCCUCAUUUAGACCAAACUGGCAACUGGCCUUGGACUAGUCCUAAAGAUGGAGGAUUAGGGGAUGUACGAUAUAGAUACUGCUUAACUACCCUCACCGUACCCCAAAGGUGUAUUGGAUUUGCACGAAGACGGGUUGGGCGUGGUGGAAGGGUCUUACUGGACAGAGCUCACUCAGACUAUGACAGUAUGUUUCGCCAUCUGGAUUUGGAAAUGCUUUCCUCUCCACAACAUUCUCCAGUCAAUCAGUUUGCCAAUACCUCAGAAACAAAUACCUCGGACAAAUCUUUCUCUAAAGACCUCAGUCAGAUACUAGUCAAUAUCAAAUCAUGUAGAUGGCGGCAUUUUAGGCCUCGGACACCAUCCCUACAUGACAGUGACAAUGAUGAACUCUCCUGUAGAAAAUUAUAUAGGAGUAUAAAUCGAACAGGAACAGCACAACCCGGGACCCAGACAUGCAGUACCUCCACGCAAAGUAAAAGUAGCAGUGGUUCAGCACAUUUUGCAUUUACAGCCGAACAAUACCAGCAACAUCAACAGCAACUGGCACUAAUGCAGAAACAGCAGCUUGCACAAAUUCAGCAACAGCAAGCAAAUAGUAAUUCCUCCACCACCACUGCACAGAACCUUGCAUCUAACCAGCAGAAAAGUGGCUUUCGCCUGAAUCUACAUCAUAGCCAUUCUAUACAGGGUUUAGAAAGAACAUUACAGGGUUUUGUUUCCAAGACUUUGGAUUCUGCUAGUGCUCAAUUUGCUGCUUCUGCUUUGGUGACAUCAGAACAACUGAUGGGAUUCAAGAUGAAGGAUGAUGUGGUGCUUGGAAUUGGGGUGAAUGGCGUCCUUCCAGCCUCAGGAGUAUACAAGGGCUUACACCUCAGUAGUACUACACCAACAGCACUUGUACACACCAGUCCAUCGACGGCAGGUUCAACUUUGUUACAGCCUUCAAACAUGACACAGACUUCGAGUUCCCACAGUGCACUGAGUCAUCAAGUAACUGCUGCCAAUUCUGCAACAACUCAGGUUCUGAUUGGGAACAACAUUCGAUUAACUGUCCCUUCAUCAGUUGCCACUGUAAACUCUAUUGCCCCUAUAAAUGCACGACAUAUACCUAGGACUUUAAGUGCUGUUCCAUCGUCUGCCUUAAAGCUGGCUGCCGCAGCAAACUGUCAAGUCUCCAAGGUUCCAUCUUCGUCCUCUGUAGAUUCAGUUCCAAGGGAGAAUCAUGAAUCAGAAAAGCCAGCACUGAACAACAUAGCAGACAACACAGUAGCGAUGGAGGUGACGUAGCUUCCUCAGGAGCCGAGCUGCAGCCUGGGGACUUGACUCGGUGCUAUGCAUCAGUAGCGUUUUGAACGCAAGGGAUGACGGAAUGCAGCACAUGCGUUUCUGUGGCAGCUGUGGGGACUUAACAGCAAUGCUCAUCUCUCAUGCUUCAGUUUUUCUUUUCUUAUUGUUAAUAGGAGAAAAUCAACAUCUGUAAAUUAAGAAUACAGCAAUUAUCUGUACAGUACUGCAUAUUUGUAAUACCCUUGUAUAUAUGUUACUUGAAUACAGAAAUGUUCAUUUGUGAUGCUUUGCACUUGGGGGUGGGGGGUGGGAGGGAAAUAAAUUGCAACAAAGAGUGUGAGAUGUGAGAUUGUAUAGAGAUGAAGUGUCAUCACAUCAUGUGCAUGGUGCGGAACCUGCUGUUUUAUCUAUUUAUUGUGCCGUGUUUACAGUUUUUUGUACACUGUACCUUCAUUGGUUCCUGUGCUGUAGUAAAUGUGUUAGGUAGCUGUGGACUCCUUGGUAUUUUGUAAAUGGUAUAACAUAACUUGGUUCCCCUCUGGGUCCCUGAGUUUUCUGUGUAUCAUGUGAAAAAAAUGGUGACAUACAUACAGAAUUUUAAAAAAAAAAAAAAAAAAAAAAAAAGGCAUCAGUUUUUAAAAAAAAAUGGGGAAUGUACUGUUAAAUGGGGAUCUUCCUGGUCUACUAUCAUUAGGA